AUGUGGGUGUGUUGCGGUGGGGUGCUGCGGGUGUUGUUGUUGGUGCAGGCGGCGUGGUGGGUGUCGGUGGGUCAGGUGCGGUACUCGGUGUCGGAGGAAGCCAAGGUCGGGACGGUGGUGGGGCGUGUGGCGCAGGACCUGGGCCUGGAGGCGGGCGAUGCGGAGGCGCGGCGGCUGCGUCUGGUGGCGCAGGGCCGGCGGGCGAGCGUGGAGGUGAGCGGGGCGAGCGGGGCGCUGGUGGUGAGCUCGCGGCUGGACCGGGAGGAGCUGUGCGGGAAGAGCGCGCCGUGCGCCCUGCGGCUGGAGGUGCUGGUGGAGCGGCCGCUGCGCGUCUUCCACGUGGAGCUGGAGGUCACCGACAUCAACGACAACGCCCCGGUCUUCCCCGCCGACCGGAAAAACCUCAGCAUCGCCGAGUUUACAACGCUGCCCGGUUCCCGUUUCCCGCUGGAGGGCGCGUCGGAUGCAGAUAUCGGAUCUAACGCGCAGCUCUCCUACACGCUCAGCCCCUCCGAGCACUUUACGCUCGAUGUGAAAUCCUCUGAUGAAAACAGGAAAUCUCUGUUCUUGGUGCUCACGAAAGCCCUGGACCGGGAGACGGUUCCGGUGCACCGCCUGGUGGUGACGGCGAGUGACGGGGGCCGUCCGUCUCUGACGGGCACGAUGGAGCUGGUGAUCUCGGUGCUGGACGCCAACGACAACGCGCCCCAGUUCAACCAGUCGGUGUAUAAAGUGCAGCUGCCCGAGAACGCUGCAGAGGGGACACUGGUGACGCGGGUGAACGCCACGGAUCCGGAUGAAGGUGUUAAUAAGGAAUUUUCUUACAUUAUCAUGAGUUCGGUUCCUGUUGAUAAAAGAGAUGUUUUCACGAUUGAUCAGAAGACGGGGGAGAUCCGUCUGACGGGCAGCCUGGACUUUGAAGACGUGCGUUUAUACGACUUACAAAUCGAAGCGAGAGACAGUGGCACCCCUCCGCUGUCGGGUCACUGCAGCGUUGAGCUGGAAGUGCUGGACGUGAACGACAACGCGCCCGAGGUGCGGGUGACGUCGCUGUCGGUGCCGGUGUCGGAGGAUGCGUCGGUGGGGACGGUGGUGGCCCUGCUGAGCGUGUGGGACGGUGACUCGGGGGCGAACGGUCGGGUGCGGUGCUGGGUGCGUCCGUCGUCGCCAUUCGGUCUGGUGUCGAGAUUGUCGGGUUCGUACUCGCUGGUGGUGCGUGAGGCGCUGGACCGCGAGCGGGUGUCGGAGUACGAGGUGGAGGUGUUGGCGGAGGACGGCGGGUCGCCGUCGCUGUCGGGGAGGCGCGGGGUGCGUGUGUCGGUGUCGGACGUGAACGACAACGCGCCGAGUUUCUCGCAGGCGGUGUACACGGUGCUGACGCGGGAGAACAACGCGGCGGGCGCGGAGCUGGGUCGCGUGUGGGCGCGUGACCCGGACGAGGCGAGGAACGGUCGCGUGAGGUACUCGUUGUCGGAGGCGGUGGUCGGGGGGUGGCGGUCGGCGUCGAGCUACGUGUCGGUGGACGCGGAGAGCGGUCGCGUGUGGGCGGUGCAGGCGCUGGACUACGAGGAGGUGCAGGUGCUGGAGUUCGAGGUGCGGGCGGUGGACGCGGGGGAGCCGCCGCUGAGCGGCAACGCGACGGUGCAAGUGUUCGUGGUGGACGAGAACGACAACGCGCCGUCGCUGCUGCCGGCUGCGGGCGGCGGGGCGGGUGUGGAGGCGGGAGGGGGAGCGGGUGGGUCCUUGGAGGCGUGGUCUGUGGAGGGUUCGUCGGGCGCGGUUCCGCCUUUGUGGGCGUGGGCGUCGUGGGGGUCUCCGGCGGGGCAGGUGGUGGCGAAGGUGCGUGCGGUGGACGCGGACUCGGGGUACAACGCGUGGCUGCGGUACGAGCUGUGGGAGCCGCGGGGGAAGGUGCCGUUCCGCGUGGGUCUGUACAGCGGCGAGGUGAGGACGACGCGGGCGCUGGAGGAGUCGGACGGCCCGCGUCAGAGGCUGGUGAUCGUGGUGCGGGACCACGGGGAGCCGCCGCGCUCGGUGACGGCCACGCUGAGCGUGUCGCUGGUGGAGGGCGCGGAGGCGGCGGCGGCGGUGGCCGCGGGGUCGUCGGGUCCGCGGACGCCGUCGGUGUCCGAGGAGGUUUCGUUGUUGUCGUCGCCGUCGAGGAACGUGUGGCUGGUGGUGGCCAUCUGCGCGGUGUCGAGCCUGUUGGUGCUGGCGGUGGUGCUGUACGUGGCGUCGCGGUGGUCGGCGCGGGCGGGCGUGGUGUCGGGGCCCGGUCCGACGACGCUGGUUUGCGCCAGCGAAGUGGGGAGCUGGUCGUACUCGCAGCGGCAGAGCCGGAGCCUGUGCGUGGCGGAGGGCGCGGGCAAGAGCGAUCUGAUGGUUUUCAGCCCCAACUUCCCGCCGCCGCCCGGCGCCGCGGCGAAGGAGACGCAGCCGGAGCCGCCCGCUCUGCUGGACACGGUCAGUGGCCCUCCCUGUCCCGGCACUCGCCCCUUCCUGCUCCGCCUCCGCUUGUCCCUUCUCUUUGCCCUCCUGGUCACUCCCCUAGUACGGGAGUAG